AAAUCUAAUCUGAGGGUCACAUGUUAUGCAAGUUACAUUUCGGCUGAUGUGGGUCACACUUCCCUAGGACAAAUCAUUAUUCAUCAUUCAUCCCAUCAACAAUUAUUGUCAACUUGCAGCCUGCAACAAAAUUCUGUUGCAUUGCAACUCCAACGUUGUAUUCUCAAUUCUUAAACUUAAACUAUGCUGCUGCUAAGCUAAUUAAAAACCUUAGACCACCACCAUUGAUGUUUUCUCAAUUCUGGUGAUAUGUGGAGCACCCUUCCUUCUGAUCCCCUAUCUGUCAUCUUCUCUUAUCUCUCCCCGGAUUGUUUAGCCCGGGCCAAGUCCGUCUGCAAGAACUGGUGCGCCUGUGCCAACUCUGCCGCUGCAGCCCCGCCACCAGAGGGGCGGCAGACUCAGCCGCCAUGGUUCAUUGCUUUGCCCACGCGCUUCCAGAAGCUCGUCUGUUACGCUCAUAACCCACUCCAUAACUACUGGCACACAUUACCGCUGGAUUUCAUUUCAUAUCCAUUUCGCCCUGUGGCUUCCCCUGGGGGAGGUCUAGUGCUACUACGCCUUGCUAGUAGCACCACCCUUCAGCUAGCCAUCUGCAAUCCUUUCACCAGACAGCUCCGCCACCUUCCCAUGCUAAACACCGCAAGAACUAACCCUGCAGUCGGGGUGAUAGAGUCCCCCAAUUCGAGCUAUAGAAUCUACGUGGCCGGAGGGAUGUCGGAGGCAGCAUCAUACGUUCCAACGUUGGAGAUGUACGAAUCGGGUGGCGACAAGUGGAGGGUGAUUGGAGCAAUGCCAGUGGAAUACGCUGUGAGGCUGACAGUGUGGACUGCGAAUGAGAGUGUGCAUAGCAAUGGAGUUCUGUACUGGAUCACUUCAGCCCGGGCCUAUAGCAUAAUGGGAUUUGAAGUUGAGACUAAAAAAUGGAGACAGUUGAGUGUACCAAUGGGUGACAGGCUUGAAUUUGCAGCAUUAUUGGUGACAAGAAAGGGACAGCUGAGAGUUGUGGGGGGUGGGGGAGGGGUAUGGGUGUGGGAGCUUGGGGAAGAUGAUAAGUGGAGUGUGAUUGAGACAGUGCCAUUGGAGUUGGGAAUGAGAUUGUUGGGAGGGAAUGGAAGUUGGGGAAAUGUUAAGUGUGUAGGGGGGAUUGAUGGGGGGGCAGUUUAUUUGUAUAGGGACGUGGGAGAAGGAAUGGUGGUUUGGAGGGGAUGUGUGGAGAAUGGUGGAUGGCAAUGGUGUUGGGUUGAAGGGUGUAGUUCAGUAAGGGAAAACCAGUUGCACAACUUCCCCAUCAAAGGGCUAUUAUUGCAUCCCAAUCUCGGCCUUUGUGCAUAAACACCGUCGAGAGUUCAAACUUGUGUGUAAGCAGCAAUGUCUUUAGGAGAGCUGCUCUAAAUGAGAUCCGACUGAAUCUUGAUUGGAUUAGUCUCAACUCGCAGGAUGUGAAUACCUGCGUAGUACAGCAAAAAGAAAAGCCAGAAUAACCUCAAAACUAUAUAUUUGUUGUAAUAAUAACAUGAGUGAGAUUUUGUUUUAGAUUCCCGAUACGAGUAUCUUACCAUUUACAAGUUACAUUCCUUGUUGCAAAACCUCCCCAUCAAAGGGCUAUUGUUGCAUCCCAAUCUCGACCUUUGUACAUAAACCGUCGAGAGUUAAAACUUGUAUUGUAAAAGCAAGAAUGUAUUUAGGAGAGCUAUUCUAAAUGAGAUCUGACUGAGUUCUGAUUGGAGUAGUCUCAA